UUUGCAACACUACAUCUAGACUUUAACUUCUCCGGCUCUCACUUCUCUCUCUCGCUGCUGCACUCACGACCCGCACGACGCACGCACCGCACGCACACGACACGACACGCGCUGCAUACCCCAGCCCUCCACAGCCCAGCCCAGCCGAGCUAGCUCCACGACACACACCGCCCAACCGCUCGCCCGCCCGCCAGCCAGCCAAACCGUCCACACCUCCCCGAACCUGCGCCACGCCAGCCAGCCUCGCACAGCGUGGCCCCCCUGUGCUGCCCGCGUGACCGCCUAGCUUGCCAUGUCGUACGGGUCGGCCAACCAAGGGCCCGACCCCGAGCUCUUCUACGUCAAGCAGAACCGCAUCGGCAAGGGCAGCUUUGGCGAAGUAUAUCGCGGCUAUGACCGCCGUACCAUGGUCCCCGUGGCCAUCAAGAUCAUCGACCUCGAAAGCGCCGAGGACGAGAUCGACGACAUUCAGCAGGAGAUCCAGAUCCUCGGCCAGCUCGACUCGGACUUUAUCACGCGGUACUAUGGGUCUUUCCUCAAGGGCUCGCACCUCUGGAUCAUAAUGGAGUACUGCGCCGGUGGCUCAUGCUCGGACCUGAUGAAGGCCGGUACCUUUAAGGAGGACUACAUUGCUAUUCUGCUCCGAGAGCUCCUCCGUGGACUAGACUAUCUUCAUGGCGAGGGCAAGCUGCAUCGUGAUAUCAAGGCUGCAAACAUCCUCUUGACGUCCAAUGGCGACGUCAAGCUCGCAGACUUUGGAGUCUCGGGACAGCUCACGGCCACCAUGACAAAGAAGAACACCUUUGUCGGAACGCCCUAUUGGAUGUCCCCAGAAGUCAUCAAGCAGUCCGGCUACGACCACAAGGCCGACAUCUGGAGUCUGGGCAUUACCGCCAUUGAGCUCGCAGAGGGAGAGCCACCAUAUGCAAGCCUCCACCCAAUGAAGGUUUUGUUCCUCAUUCCGAAGAACCCCCCGCCAGAGCUCUCGGAUCGGUAUUCAAAGACAUUUCGCGAUUUCGUCCAGCUGUGUCUCCAGCGUGACCCCCGCAAUCGCCCAACAGCAAAGGACCUCCUAAAGCACAAGUUUAUUCGCAACGCUCGCAAGGUCUCGUAUCUGACGGAACUGAUCGAGCGUCAUGAAAAGUGGAAGCAGGAGGGUGGCGCAAAGCCUGAAGAGACUCCUCGCGAUGUGCCACAAGAGCCUGGCUAUGGACCGUCAGAGGACGCCUGGGACUUUGGCACUGUGAGGCAUAACCUGCCACCCUCGACCAUGUCGCGUGCUUCGAGGCCGCUCCCGACCCCAGGCGGACCUCCCAUUCCAGAGGCACCAGCCGCCGCAAUAGUGCCGACUCCAGUGGAGCCACUAAGCGGACAUCACAGCGGGACCAUGUAUCGCGCUCCGCCUCGCCCCCCGCCCGCCGAGCAUCUUGCGCAGCAGGUGCUGCAUCAGCCCCCUCCCGGCCCGCCACCCGCGCAGCAGCAACCGCAGCAGCAGCAGAUUCCACCCCAGGUUGUCCAGCAGCAGCAGCAGCAACAGCAACAGCAGUACAUGCCGCCACCAUCACAUGGCCCUCCGCCACAAGCCCAAGACCAUUUGCUAGAUGAGGAAGAGGACGGCAUGCUCGAGAACGUCAUUGUGCCUGCGAUCGCAAGCCUCACGGCGCGUGUCCCUAACGACCAAGCUGCGAGGAUUGUUCUCGACCGGCUCCGCCAGGCGUUUGAGGCUGCCGAGCGGCAGAUUCCCGGCGUCACCUCGGCAUUUGUCCUCGAGAUUGUUGAGAAUGUGGAGCAGGUGGAUGAGCAUUAGCCUAGUCUUCUUGUAGUGCGAGUGUCUGGCGGCCGCCGCGACUCAUUACACCCCUGCGACGCACACCAAUG